AUGACCAUCAAGCUGGGUUUUGACGUAAAUAUCCUGUAUAGAAAAAGACUGCUCUCUGUUCACCUCUUUUUUAAUUUCACUUCUAAAGACAACCAAAAACAUCAACUGUGGAUAACACUAACAACCUUGAGGAUGGCAUUGAAACUAAAACUUAAGGUCCAACCAACAGACGGCUCUAGCAAUUACCUGCCUCAGACUGAGGACCGCACCCAGAAACCACCAGUGUUGAAAAUCAAGCCCCCACAAACGACUCCUUCAAAACGAACCGCAGAUGCAAAUGACGGAGACAAACCUAAGAAGCUAAAACUAAGUUUAUCGAAAAGUAAGUCCAACCUGUCUGGAAGUGUACCUAAACCGAGGUUUGUUCCACGUGUGAGGAUAAAACCAACGAGAAUACCAGGUGAAGGUUACGACUCCGAGGCUCCAGAUUUGGAAGACGACCCUUUAGUAGAGCAAGGGAUAGUAGUGAGAUUCUUAAACGAUACGAAUAUUGAGUUUGUGCACAAUGCUGUUGAAUCUGGUGACCUAACAGGACUCAAUGUGAAAUGGAUUACGAGGGAAAAAGCUGUUGUGAAUGUAAAUGGUACACUUUAUUCGGCAAGACUAAUUGACUUGCCCACAUUGGUGGAAGUAUACAAAACAGUGGAUAAGAAAAGUAUCCUCAAGAACUUAGAUGUAUCGCAGAUAUUACUCGUGUUGCAUACGAUAAACCCUACUCAAUUGAAUACAGAAAAGGAUUUCGAAGUACCCAGCGAAUAUCUAUUCAAGCACCCUUUCUACGAUCACGUCAAAAAUAAGGAGGUACCUCGCAAACGAUCAGUCUAUCGGAACGGGGUGUUGGAACCUUUCAAGGACGUUUAUCGUAGGUUUCGACCUACGCGAGCUGAUCAUAGAGUGAUCCAGGAUAUUGAGGAUAGAGUCGAUGCCUUGAUUAAGCUCGACAACGAGGCUGAAGAAAGCCACUUUGAGCUAGUGGAUCCACUGUCGUAUCGAAAAUAUGGUCAUUCAAGCAAUACACCAUCGGCAGUGGCAUCACCUCAUCCUGAAUCUUUGAACCAAAAAUUGGACAAACCAUCGAGAUUCGAGUAUGAAGGUGUUGAUGAUUCACAAAACUCUCGGGAGGCCACCCCAAAUAGUAACAACGCCAUUGAUCCAAGAGAUAAAGAGGAUUAUGAAUUGAACGAAGACGAUUUUGAAAUCAACCUUGAAGAGGAAUUGAAUAAAGUGCUUGAUGACAAAGAAUCAUCUAGCGAUAAACAAGUGGUAACGGUGUCACCACUGAUGGCGCAAAUGUUGCAAGACAAAGGUGCAUUGAUUGAAGGGUCGUAUGAGGGACAGGGUGACGACAGCGAUGCACUAUUGUUUGGGGAAGUAGACAGUGACGAUGAGGGUGAAGAAGGUGAUGAGGGUGAAGAAGGUGGUGAUGGUGUAGAGGGCAAUGAGGAUGAGGCCGGAGACGAGGAUGACGAAGAGGAUGAUGAUGAGGAUGAGGAUGAUGAAGACAAGGUGCAAGGAAAGGAAAGUCUACUGCAUUCAAAGUUGCUAGAGGAGGAGAUCACCGAGUUGGAGAAAGUGGUGGAGAAGCAUAGAAAGAACCUCUCUUCCACCACCGACGCAAUGAUGAAAAUGAAACUUCAAAGUAACAUUUCAUCCCUCAAAGCUUCAUUGGAACAAAAGAGGAGAGAUUUGCUGAAGUCUAUUGAAAAUGAAGAAACACAUCAUAUCACAUCAGUUAGCGGCAAACUUGAUUCAGAAACACGAUCUGGCAAAGGUUUGAAAGAUCGAGUUAAGGAAGCAGAAGAGGACUGUGGGGAUGAUGAAGACGCAGAAGAUGCAGAAGUCCUGGAUAAUGACAAUGAUAGUGGUGAUUCCAUAGACGAACUUUUUUGA